AUGUUUGUGUUGAAAUCAGUGGUGCUCUGUGCGUUGCUCUGCGGGGCUGGAGCCCAGUCGUGCCCGUCCCAGUGCUCCUGCAGCGGGACAGCGGUGGACUGCCACGGCCAGAGUCUGCGGAGCGUGCCGCGGAACAUUCCCCGCAACGUUGAGCGACUGGACCUGAAUGCAAACAAUCUGACUAAAAUCACUAAGGCAGAUUUUGCGGGACUGAAGAACCUUCGAGUUCUGCAGUUAAUGGAGAACAAGAUCAGUUCAAUUGAAAGAGGGGCAUUUCAGGAUCUACAAGAGCUGGAAAGACUGCGUCUCAACAGGAAUAAUCUUCAGGUUCUUCCGGAGUUGCUGUUUCUGGGCACGACCAAACUCUUCAGACUGGACCUGAGUGAAAAUCAAAUCCAGGGGAUUCCCAGAAAAGCCUUCAGAGGAUCUACAGAGAUCAAAAACCUGCAGCUGGACUAUAAUCAGAUUUCCUGCAUUGAAGAUGGAGCGUUCAGAGCUCUGCGGGACUUAGAAGUACUCACACUGAACAACAACAAUAUCUCUCGUUUGUCAGUGGCCAGUUUUAACCACAUGCCCAAGCUCAGGACAUUUCGCCUGCACUCUAAUAAUCUGCUAUGUGAUUGCAAUGUGGCCUGGCUCUCUGAUUGGCUGAGACAGAGGCCCCGCCUUGGCCUCUACACACAGUGUAUGGCUCCACCCUCCCUUAGGGGCCACAACAUCGCAGAGGUUCAGAAGAAAGAGUUUAUGUGUACAGGGCCCCAGUCACACUCAUCCUGUAGUGUGCUGCAGUGUCCUGAGCUCUGCACCUGCAGUAAUAAUGUAGUGGACUGCCGGGGGAAAGGACUUACUGAAAUACCCACCAACCUGCCAGAAACUAUCACUGAGAUGUGAGUGGAGCAGA